AUGGGCGGUUGGAAAAAAGAGACUGACUGGACGACGGUCGAGGCUCUUUGCGCGGAUCUUGCGUCACCACCAACGAAAUACCAUGAUCCCACACUAUUAUCUGUGGAACAGGAGAUCCUGGAAUGGUACAAAGGCUUUGGACACUUCCUCAAUGUGGUGGCACAUUCCCAUCCCAGCCACGGCAAGGCUUUCUUCGAAAUGGAGGAUUAUUCAAUUUUCGAUCUUAUGGGAAACCUAGAGCGACCAAACCUCGGUCUACACUACGAUCACAUCACGCCUUAUCUGGGAAAAACCAAUCAGUCGUUUCGCAACGUCGAAAUCGUCGCAGUGACGCCGGAGUUUGGGUACAUCACGUCCUUGCAAAGGGUACAUGGCACAGCAAUUGAUGACAGCCCAUACGAUAUGACUUUCCGGGCGACUUCGAUCGCAAGAAAAAUCGAGGGCGCUUGGAAACUGGUUCACGAGCAUUAUUCCUUUCCCGUGAAUAUGGCCACCAAGGUAGCUGAUUUUACCAGCUCCCAAGGACUUUCUGAGAAUGUAGAAUUUCAGAAUAAUGAAUAA